CCAAGACUGUGUGCUAAAUAGCGGGAACCUUGUGCACUGGUACGACCCUUUAGAAUUUUGCAGGGGAGAAAAAGAAACAGAGACUAAUGACAGAAGAUUGCUGAAAAUGUUAAAAACUGCUUGAAUAAUUUAUUAUGCUUGGCUAAAAUGGCUGAUAUGUGUAGAUUAUGACUGGUACUAUUAUUCUUACUAGGUUAGAGAAUUUGUUUGACUGUUUGUGUUGUUUAAUUUUUGUUAAGGUUGAUUGUUACAUCAUAAGGAAUUUUUUAUUACUCCAUUUUCAGGUAAGCUUGAAGCUUCCUGAAAUUGGAUAAGAUAGAAGAAUAAAAAAACAGUCCCUUGUUAUGUUUGUAUGUAUGUUUAUCACAUUAUAAUAACUUUGUCUACUUAACAAGCUAACUCAAUUCAAAGAAUUCUUUGCUGUAUAUUAUAUUUCUGUCAACCUUAAACAACCUUAAUUAUCACUCAAAUUAAAGUGCAGCAGGUAGUUUUUGACUGUUUCUGAUCAACCUUAUGGUAAUUAAACCUCAUUAACCAUGAGAUAAGGCAGGUUUGAAAACCGCCGUGUCACGGCUUAGCUACUGUCUAGAAGUUUGAGAAAGAGACUGAAUGAGUGAAUGAUGAAAUUAUUUGGUAGUGCUAUUUUUACUGAUGGUAAACAAAGGUUAACUUGAAUCUUCUAGUCUAUGAUACAGUUUCUGACAUCAUUUUAAUCCUCUGAAAGUUUUAAUGUUUGAUUCUUCUCUGGUUUAAUCAGAAAAUGCUAUCAGUUAAGGAGUCUUGAUUUCUUGUUUCAUCAUUUAGGUUUAAAUUUAUAGUAAUCCUGAUUCUUAACUAAGGCCUUGAUAGUCAAAACUGAAACCCAAUUAUGUGUGUGGGAUUCUGAGCCUCCCCGGCUGGCCGGCUACCAUAUUGUAUUCCCUCGGUCUCAAAAUAGUUUUUAGUUGUACCAAACGAUGAUAAUUAUACAACAUUUUGAAACAUAUCAUAUCUCUAAUUCUCUAUCAAUAAAACAACAUGAAAUAAUACCAAACUACCAAUUCAUAACAUAAAUUUUAUAUUUCCUUCCAUCAAGAAUAUAUCUUUACAAAUCCCCCUUAUGUAGUUGAACAUUGACUUUCAUAGUUGGAACGUUGACCUCAAUACAACUCCUCAUGGCCCACAUAUAUAGGAGUUUUCAUUACCCAUCCACAACAUUGUUUUAUUUUUUAUUUUUUCCUUAUUUCUAGGAUUAAGAAUUAAGAUGGUCAACCUAGAAAUUACAUGUAGUUUUCCUUGAAAAAAAACCUCCCCAAGAAUGAUUUUAACAUACUUUUUAUUAUUAAUAAUUGAAGUUACUAUCUUUUUUUUUCUUUUCAAUACCAUCAUGAAUCAUCCAAAAAUUUUACCACUUUAUAUUAUAAAUCCAAUCAAAAUCAUUCAUAUUAUUCCACACUAACCAACCCAAAACUCCAAUACAAAAUGGCUUCUCAUUCAUUAACUUACACCUUUCUUCUCUCCUUACUUUGCUUCCCUUCCUUACUCAUAAUAGCACAGCAAUCUUAUGGUGAUAGUAACUGUCCUGAUUACAACAACGCCACGACUACUCUUGGGUACGACUGUAAUGGUGUUAACAGAACUUGCCAAUCUUUCCUCAUAUACAGAGCUCAACCUGCCUAUAACACUGUCUCUUCCAUUUCUUCCCUUUUAUCUGUCAAUCCAUCUCAGGUCUCGGAAAUCAACAACAACGUGUCAGAAACCACGGCUUUGGCAACGAACACCGAGCUGAUCAUCCCUGUAACAUGCUCUUGUUCAGGUAGGUUUUACCAAGCCAACACAACUCAUGUUGUUCAAACUGGUGAAAACUAUUAUGUUAUAACUACUAACCCUUUUGAAAGUUUAACUACAUGUAAUGCUAUACAAAUUCAGAAACCCAGUCCAAAUAUAAUAGAUAUAUUUCCUGAUGAAAGGCUUAAUAUACCUUUAAGGUGUGCUUGUCCUACAAGAGGGCAGCUUAAUGCCGGGAUUAGGUACCUUAUGACGGUUGUGAUUCAACCGGGAAAUGGUAUUGGGAGUAUUGCUGAGAGGUUUAGAGCUGAUGUUGGGCAAACACUUGAAGCUAAUGGAAAAUCUGAGCAGGAUUCUGUUAUACAACCUAACACAACCCUUCUUGUUCCAUUACAAAACCCACCUAAUGGUUCUCGAAUGGAGUAUCCACCUUAUGUACCACCACCACCACCAUCAUCUCCACCCUCUCUUCCUCCUACUGAGACACUGUCACCACCACCUGAUGGUGGCAGUUCUGGCCGGAGAUGGGUUUACUUUGGGGUUGGGGUGGUUGCAGGGGCUGUGUUUAUUUCAGUUGCAGGGAUCAUUCUUUUCUUCAUGUUUUUAAGGAAAAGUUUGAGGAAGAAAAAUGGAAAUGGUCCAAUUGUGUCAGAAGAAAAGGCCAUUGCAGUAGUUGCAGAGCUGCCUACAGAGAUUGAGACAGAAUCCAUGGAGUUUCUCGAGAGCAUAUCGAAAAUAGCUUCCUUAAAAGUAUACAGUUUCAAGGAUUUACAGACAGCAACACAGAAUUUCAGCCCUGAUUAUUGGAUUAAGGGAUCGGUGUACAAAGGAACUGCAAAUGGUGAUCAGGUGGCAAUCAAGAAGAUGGAUGGAGAUGUCAGCAAAGAGAUUAGUGUACUAAACAAGAUCAACCAUUUUAAUCUCAUCAGAUUGUUAGGAGUUUGUUUUCAUGAUGGAGUUUGGUACUUUGUUUAUGAAUAUGCAGGUAAUGGACCUUUGAGCGACUGGAUUUACCAAAAUAACCCCGAUAAGGUUCAAACCUUAAGUUGGGGAAAGAGGAUGCAGGUGGCUUGUGAUGUCGCCACAGGGCUGAAUUAUCUUCAUAGGUAUACAAGUCCACCCCAUGUUCACAAAGAUAUAAGAAGCAGCAAUAUUUUUCUGAAUGAUGACUUCAGGGGUAAAAUCGCGAAGUUUGGACUCGCAAGGCCGGUUAGAGGGCAUGAUGGUCAAUUCACCUUAACAAAGCAUAUUGUAGGGACUAAAGGGUAUUUAGCUCCUGAGUAUUUAGAGAAUGGAAUAGUCUCCCCUAUGCUUGAUGUUUAUGCAUUUGGUGUUCUGUUGUUAGAGAUGCUUACUGGUAAAGACGUUGCUACCCUUUACGAAGGAGUUAAGGUUCAUUUAUCUGAGGUUUUAGGACCUGUUAUGAAUGAUGAAGAUGGGAUUUCAAAUGUUUAUGAAAUUAUAGAUUCUCCUUUACUUGGACAGGAUUAUAAUGCAGAUGUUGCUUAUUCUAUGGUUGUGCUCGUUGAUCGUUGUUUGAGUAAAGAUCCAGGAAAUAGGCCUUCCAUGGAUGAGAUUGUGCAAAUUCUGUCAAAAACUCUUACAAAAACACUGAUCUGGGAAUCUACUUCUACUAGCAUCUCAAGUUCAUGAUCAUAUCAAGAGUCUGGACUAUUUUUAAGAUUUUUGUCAAUGUAUUAUAAAUGUAAUUUCUCUUGUCUCUUGUUUUAUGAUGUUUUUAAACCAGAAGGUAAAGACAAUUGUGUACAAAUGGUUACUUUUAUAUAUUAUGAGUGAUUUUGAAGGAAUAACUUUUACUUA